AUGGCUCCUGCUGCUGCCCACGCCACCGAGGGCAUUGUGUCAUCCAUUGAUGUGGAUUCUAUGCCACCUUUUUGGCGACGCAAAAAUGGUAUUCUGUUAUACUUUCUAUUAACUUCGUCGCUGUUGGCAAGUGCUGCCCUCGGAAUUGAUGGAUCCAUGACGAACGGCAUGCAAGUUCUGGAAUCUUGGCAAGAUCGGUUCGGACAUCCGGAAGGUGCCAAGUUGGGAUUCUUUGGAGCUUCCAAUGCAAUUGGAGGCGUGAUCCCAUUCAUUUUCCUCAGCUGGAUUGGGGAUAAGUUUGGCCGUCGUCUGCCCACUGCUCUAGGGUCGGUUAUCAUCAUCACCGGUGUCAUCGUCGAGUUCUUCGCUACUUCAUUGAACAUGUAUAUCGGCGGAAAGAUCGUGUUGGGAAUAGGAUCUUCUCUUAUUCAAAUGGGCGCACCAGUCUUGAUCACAGAGCUGUCUCAUCCGAAAGAGCGUGUGCAGGUUACCACUUUUUACAAUACCUCCAUCGUCCUGGGAUAUGUGAUUGGAGCUUGGGCAACUUUUGGCUGCUACAGAAUUAGCAGUCAAUGGUCGUGGAGAUUGCCAACUUUGAUUCAAAUCGUUCCCUCGGCCUACCAAUUCUGUCUCAUCUGGUUCUGCCCAGAAUCACCUCGUUGGCUGAUCGCUAAGGGUCGUCACCAGGAGGCUCGCCAGAUUUUGAUUAAAUUCCACGGCGAAUGCGAUCCCAAUUCAGAAUUGGUCCAAGUCGAGUGUGCCGAGAUCCAACAGGCCAUUGACAAAGAAGCAGAGAACAACAUGAGCUGGAAGGACUUCUUUUCUUCUCGAGCCAACCUUAAGCGUCUUUUCCUCUGCUUUGCCACGGCCGUUUUCAGCCAGAGCUCCGGUAACCUUCUUGUCUCCAACUAUCUUACUCAGAUCCUCAAGGACACGGGGUUGAAAACGCAAUAUGAGAUUACUCUUAUCAACGGGAUGGUCACUCUUUGGCAGUACAUUGUCGCAAUCUUCGUUGCACUGGUCAUCGACAAAUUCCGCCGCCGGUUCUUCUUCCUCACUGGGUCUGGUGGUGUUGUUGUCGUAUUCGUUGUCUGGACCAUUGCCGCUCAGCAGUAUCUUGAACAUAGCUCACUGGCCGCUGGCCGCGUUGUGAUUGCAUGCAUCUUUGUCUUCCAGGCAUUUUAUACUCUUGCUUGGACCAAUCUGAUUGUGACAUACCCACUGGAGAUUGUAACCCUUCAAAUGCGCGCCAAAACAUGGGCAUUUGUUCUUCUCACCAUCCAGGUGGCAUCCAUCUUCGGAAGUUAUGUCAACCCCAUCGGAUUGAAGGCUCUUGGGUGGAAGUUUUACAUCUACUACUGUGUCUGGGUGCUUAUCGUCUUCCUCGUGGUCUACUUCUUUUUCGUUGAGACGGCCGGCCCUACCCUUGAAGAGUUAGCUUAUCUCUUUGAAGGAGAGGACGAAAAACAACAGAUGGGCGAGAAGAUCGUGGAGCAGAAGGAACAAAUCCAGUACGAAGAACACGUGGGAAACAAGCUUGCAUGA